AUGCGUACCUCAACCAUUGUCGCCACCAUUUUCCUCUCGGCUUCUGCCUUGGCCAUUCCCCUCCAGAACUCUGGCGCCCAAGACAGCGCCCCUCAACUCGCCGCCAGGGAUGCCGACCUGACCCACAUCUCCCGACGACGGGGUCUUCUCGACACUAUCUUGGGAACGCUGACCGGAUCAAGCGGUGAUGCCACCACUGCUCUUGGCGACCUUCUUCCCGCCGUCAUCACCACCGUCACCAACCUUGAUUCAGCGGUCAACGGUAUCCUAGGGGGCUUGACCAGUGAUGUGGACGGAACUCUGUCUUUCCUCUCGUCCGAGCUCAAGAUCACCACCGACAAGGUCAAUGCCAUCAUCGCUGAUCUCGAUGUCGACGGCACUCUCGACCGUGUUACCGACCAACUGACCGGCACCGUCGACUCGGUUCAGAAACUGCUCAAGGACGUCGAAGCCCUGGCCGCCACCGUCGAUGUCGGCGACUUGCUCACCGAGGUCCAGUCACUCUUGGAUCUCGUCACUGGCCUUCUGGGAGGCUUGAAGAAGAACUAG